AUGUCUGCUGUCGAAGCCGAGUGGGAUAUCGUGGCCCACGGCCCUGUCACCGAGCACUCAAAGGCAGAUGUGGCAAAGGAUGUCUUUGCUGGAACCAUGGGUGGAUUCGCCCAGGUGCUCAGCGGACAGCCGUUUGACACUACAAAGGUGCGUCUCCAGUCGGCACCCGAGGGCACGUACUCUGGCGCUAUGGACGUUGUGCGCAAGCUGGUCAAGAACGAGGGGUUCAAGGGCUUCUACAAGGGUACCAUGACUCCGCUGGUGGGCGUUGGUGCUUGUGUUUCCGUGCAAUUCGCCGUCAACGAGGGAAUGAAGCGGUACUUUGGCGGCAAAAACAAGCUGGCCGGCGUGUCUGACAUCACCUACGGCCAGUUGUAUGUGUCUGGUGCGUGUGCUGGUUUUGCCAACGCAUUUUUGGCCAGCCCUAUAGAGCAGAUCCGUAUUCGUUUGCAGACCCAGACGGGCACUGGCACUGGCCCCACCUUUAGGGGCCCAAUUGACUGCAUCAAACAGAUCUGGCAGGCUGGCGGCAUGGGCGGCAUCUUCCGUGGAUUCGUCCCCACCAUUAUCCGCGAGUCGCACGGUAUGGCCAUGUACUUUAUGGCUGCUGAAGCUUGCGUCAAGCAGGACAUGAAGCAGAACAAGAUCGCCCGCACAGAAGUGCCCUCAUGGAAGCUCUGCAUGUACGGCGGUGUCGCCGGUAUCACUAUGUGGCUAUCUGUCUACCCAAUUGAUGUUAUCAAGUCCAAGAUGCAGACCGAUGCGUUGUCGCCGGCCCAGUACACGUACAAGAACAUGCGCGCCUGUUUCCAGGCGACCGUGAAGAAUGGCUACGGCCAACUGUUCAAGGGCUUUGCUCCUACACUGCUACGUGCUUUCCCGGUUAAUGCAUGCACGUUUUUGGCCUUCGAGGUCACCCGUCGCUAUCUGAGCUAA